AUGGAUCCUAUUCUAUUCACUUCGCCUGGUCGCAUCCGCAUUCUCCUAGUACCAGUACACCCCAUCAAAGCGUCUACCUUUCAGAAACAUAUAGAACUUGUUAAGAACUUCAAUGUAGUUAAAUUGGGUGAUGUAACCCCUGACAUGCGUGGCUCCCAGUCUAUGUUUAGCCCUGCGCUAUUCCAUGAGGGACAAUUGCUCUUUAAUUUUGUAACGACUUAUGACGCUGACCACACAUAUCUUGAGGAAUUUCAGUUACAUCGGAGGAUAUUUGGGGUAAUCGGUAUAAUGGAUUGUCAAGAAUGGCCUGAAUUAACAGAUGGAUACCGAAAAUUCACGGGAAUACUCAAGAAUUAUCCGACAGCUCUAACACAUCGAUGCUUUGCGUUUGAUCCCUCCGAACAUCAACCUGAUGACACGAAAGGCUUGAUCAUGAUACCGACUGUCGGAAAUAUGGGUUUCUACAUGAGUACAAUGAUUUGCGAUUUUGCUAGUACAAUUCUAACCGAAUUCGGUAGCUUGGUUGAAACAAUAGAAUCAAAGACUUUUAUUGAAUCUCCCAAAGUACCUUCGUUAUUUUCGUCUCCAUUAACAUCCCCGAACGGCCCUAGUCAUCGAUAUUCCACUCCUACGAUAUCAUUUACAGAUUUAACGUCACCUCAAACUCCCUCCUUUCCAUUGACACCUCCAUCUCAAGUCCUGACUGCAAGUAGCAUUGGUAAUAUGACGGCUGGUGCCAAUGCAAAAGAUCAAUAUCAUACGAGAUCGUUUUCCUCUUCCACACUGGCCACUCUCUCGAAUCCGUCAUCAAUGAUGCCUACUAGCAUGUCUGAUCUGAAGCUCAAGCGAAGGACACCGGGGAGGGUUCAAAAAUUGCUGGCCGAUCUAUACCUAUUGGCUGGAAGGCUGCCCGACGCUGUCUCAAACUACUACUCUGCAAUAGAAACUACCAAGUCCAAUUCAGACUAUUUAUGGCACGGAGCAGCAUUAGAAGGCCUCUGCGUCAGUCUUGUAUUAUUAGCAUAUUUGCAUGCUGAUAUUGGGCCGCAAGUACUCCAGGCGCCACCUUCUCCGAGUGUCAGCCAAUCUUCUUCCGCGCCAUCAUCACCGACAAAUCCUAAACCGCUUUGGGCAGAUAUAACAGAAAAAUAUCUGAACGUAAUAACUUUAUAUGCAAAGACUUCGAAUUCGAUUAACAAUCAAGUGCCUUCAUUAAUAUAUACCGAGGCAUGUCUCAAAAUGUCUAAAAUGCUCACGUGUAUAUGGUUGGCCGGUGAGUGGGGAGACGAAGCACUAAAAAUGAUAGUUCAUGGAGUAAUGCCUAUGGACAAAACGGUCAGAGAAAAAUGGGGAUUGAGUCAAGUUAGCGGUGUGUCUAGAGUAGAGAUUUCCCAAUGGGCUAUGAAAGGAUACGGAAUAUUCGUGGAAGAAAUGUCUACGACAGAGCAGAUCCACGUCAAUACGACUCUUGCAUCAAUAUUCUCUUCUAUUAAUUUCCAACGAAAGUAUGCCUUCUUUCUUCGUCGUAGUGUUUUCUUAAUACUACCUCUGCUAUCAAGAUCGCGUCUUCCACUUGCUCAGGCAGGAAAGACUUCGAUAAUCGAGGAUGAUCGCUUGCUCGGAAAUCUGAGACAGUUUGUUGAUAUCUAUGGAGUUGGAGAUGACGAUGAAGAUCAAAAAGGUGAACCGUCUGAGGAAGACGCUCAAAACGACUUUGGUUGGCCUGAUAUUCAGAUAAAUGUUCUUAAGGAUGCUAUUAUGAUAGCGGAAUCCAUUCCAGAUUUUCAUUCUAUUGCAAAAUACACUAGUAGGCUAUUACGAAGGUUAUUCGUACAUCUUCCACGUGAAGAACAACAUCGCCUUUCUGUAUCUCUGCCGCGUAUCGUUGGAUUAGCUAAGAAGCAGGACAUUGAUAUGCAGAUCAAAUACUGGGGGGUGAAUAUUGUACGUGAAGUACAAGUAUGUCGUCCAUCACCAAAGGAAAUACCGUAUCCGCAUUCUGGGAAGAUAUUAAGCCAAUCUGAUGUUAAAAAGGAAGGAAGUGAUGGACCUUUUAUCUAUAAUCCGUUCAGCAAGAAGAGUGCAGAGACAGUUCAGACACACCUAGUUGCCAAUGAAACUGCGUAUUUCAUGGUCCUUUUAGCCAAUGUAUAUGCUGUUGACUUGGAGAUACAAAGUAUUAGUAUAAGCACUGAAGGAGUCUCAUUUGUGCCAGAUGUAAUUUCUACUACUAUACCAGCCAAUAAUUCUGUGAAUGUGAAAUUAUCUGGUGUUCCAACUGAAGAUGGCGAAUUGAUUAUACGCGGGUGCAAGAUAAAAAUAUAUGGUUGUAUCGAACAAGAGUUUUUUGUGUACUUGCCUCCAAAGGAAGAAGAAAUCAGGAAAAGGGAAAAAGAGGACGAAUACGCAAAAAGAGUUAAAAAAAGUGGGCUGGCCAUAUUAGAGCGUCAUCGAAGAGUCGACUCCAGUGCGAGUACAGGGACGACAUCUUCGCAGGAGAGGCAGCACAUGGAAUUUCUUAGAGUGACUGUUAUUCCGAAUCAGCCAUUGUUGAAGAUUAAAUCCACAUCUUUGAUGCACAGAGCAAUUAUGCUGUUUGAGGGAGAGAAGACAGAGAUGACCAUCGCGUUGGCAAACAUCGGCAAAACACCAGUUGAUUUUAUAACAUUAUCGUUUCAUGAUUCUACCAUUGCUAAUGCUCAAGCAAUCUUGAGUUCAUCUGAUAUACCACCAGAAGAGGCAUAUGAGAUGGAAUUUUACGCGCAUAAACAAUCAGUAUUCGCCUGGAAUCAGUCGGAUCAGCAAGUGAAUUUAUUGCCUGGAGGAGAAUGGAUGCUUACAAUCAAUGUAUUUGGCAAAAGGGAGUGUACGAGUGGCACGAUACAAAUAGAUUAUGGAUAUCUUAACCAGGAACAAUCGCCUAAUAACGACACAUUCUAUACGCGUCAAGUGUUUUACCCCGUAUUGUUAACUGUAAAUCGAAAUCUAGAACCAUUAGCCAUGGACUUGUCCAACUUCAAACCUUUGCCUGAUGUACCUAACAAUGAUGGUGUACAAUCUAUCGAGCAUAUGAGGCAGAUUGAAGAGUUACUUAGAGUAGUUGAUGCUUCGGGCCAAACAUUAGAGAUAUCUCGACUGGAAAGCGAAUAUUGUUUAUUGACUUUUGAUAUUAGGAAUGUAUGGCAUGUGCCCUUUGAUGUUACCUUUAUUGUCGAUGAAGGAGCAUCGGGCAGAAUAGUUACGAAUUCAACGACAAUCCAACCGUUAUCUACUUCUCGGAUUGUUCUUCCUAUCAAACGCAUUGCCUUGUCUGAGGAUGAGGUAACAAAACCCAUACCAUCGAUACUAGACAAGCAAUUCGUAGUGUCGAAAGCACCCAAAGGCACGGCGGAACAAGAGAGAUUGCAACUUGCUUUAUUUUGCGUCCUGAGCAAAUGGCAUUACGAUAAACAGCCAACAAACGGAAGGAAGGGCAUCAUCGAUGUUCGCUCGCUUCGUCUGAACAAGUCGAUGCUAAAUAUUCUAAAAGUUAACGAGAUCGAAUUUGGAAUCGAAUUUCAACAAAGCGCUCUUGUGCAGAAAAUGUCUGCAAAUCGAUUCAAGUGGGCACAACUAACUUGUCAUAAUUCAACGCUCACACCCAUGACAGACAAAGGAGCCAAACUAAGUCUACGAACUCAGCCAGUGCAGACAUACGGCGAUGGGGUUAUGGACUAUGACUUAUCUGGAAGGAUAGUUUGGAACGGGUUGCUUCAAUCAACCCUCCCAAAGAUCGAAGCCAAUUCAUCAAUAACUUAUACGUUGCCAGUCUGUUUUCUAUCACGGGGUGACUUCCAAUUCCUUUACCAUUGCGAGGAUGUUGAAACUCGCUCCGUCUACUUCGAUUCUCAGCCAUUAGUGGUUGAAGUUGUUGAUCGCCUGUCAUAA